AAGAAGCCAUGCCUGCGAAAUUAUUUUGAAGCUAUGGCUACUGCAAGUUGUGCAGGGGAUGGCUUAGAUCAGCUGCAGAAUGGGGAGGCCAGAGAGCUGCACCACGAGAAUCCUUCCAAACCGGCGGUGCGUCGCGACGACGGCAGUGGAUACGCAGGUCCUUACAGCGACCCUGUGUACAAACAGAUCUCCCUGAGUAACGGACAAGUUAACAAGAUGACCAGACAAGAAAUCAAGGAAAAGUUAGCCAGCCUCAAGCUUGAUACGAGGGGUGUCAAAGAGGUGUUAAAAAAGAGGCUGAAGAACCACUACAAACGAGUCAACCUUGUGAAAGCUCGUCUCCGAUCAGCGAACCGUGACAGCGAUGCCUGUUAUGACUAUUUGGCCGUCAUUGACUUCGAGGCGACAUGUGAUGAGAACAACGCACACUAUAACCAUGAGAUCAUCGAGUUCCCUAUUGCCAUCAUCGAAACAAAAAAUAUAAAAAUGAUUGCGGAUAGACAGGAAUACUGCAGACCAACCAUCAACCGUCGUUUGACUCCAUUCUGCACACAGCUGACUGGGAUCACUCAGAGCACAGUGGACAAGGCAGAUACGUUCCCAGACGUCUUGAAGCGAGUUGAGGCCUGGAUGGAAGAACAUGGACUUACCAAGAAGAGUUCUUUUGCUGUUGUAACUGACGGACCGUGGGACAUGGGCCGGUUCUUACACGCCCAGUGCUUGCACAACAAGAUUCCGUUUCCUCGCUGGGGAAUGAAAUGGGUCAACAUACGCAAAGCCUAUCGUAACUACUACAGUUUCCGCAAAGCAACUCUGAAAUCUAUGCUGGAGAACCUUGGCAUGACCUUUGAAGGGCACCAACACAGUGGCAUUGACGAUACGAAAAACAUCGCCAGAGUGGUGCUCCGAAUGCUCGAGGAUGGAUGUGACCUCAGAGUCAAUGAGAAACUGCAUGCUCACAAGUUAUGUGCAAGUCAAAAGGUACUUUUGGAUGUCGUCCCAAUCGCAAGGGAUGAUGACUCUGACAUCGACAGUGAUGAGCAAGCUGACAAGUUGGCAGCAACGGAAUUUGAACGUCGGGCAAUCAGCGACAGGAACAGUCCUGUCGGACAUUAUAAUGAUAUUAUUAAGAACACGGAAGGUGAUGUGAACGAUUUGUUGUACUACUUGAAAAUCCAAGAAACUUGAUUUCACUAUCCUUUCAAAGAUUUCUAUUUUGUUUCCGUUUCACCUUGGUCAGUAUCAUGAGUCUGUAGUGUUGUAUGGGAACAUUUAGUCCUUGAAUGAAAUGCAACUAAUGUAGUGCUGAAAAAAAUUAGUAUUUUGUAUUAAACACUAUCAAUCAGGAGAAUAAAAUAUUAUGCGUUUGAACA